AUGAUGCCAAUGCGCCGAGCAGGAGCUAUCUUACAAAGUAUCAUCUUUCUUUUUAGUGGUGGUGGUUUCAAAAUGGGAAUUUGUAUUUGGAUACGUUCUUAUUGUCUCAUUAUGCUCCCUUGUAAUCUUAUACUGGUUGCAGAUACCAGACAGAUUAGUAACGAAUUAUCCUCGAACAAAGAUUGUCACUACACUAUUUUUUCGCCUUGUUGGCAGCCUUUUAUUUGUGUACAGUAUGCGCCUACCCUCUAUUAG